UUUAUCACAAAGGCUCUCUCUGCCUUCACGUAGUUGCAACUGAAGUAAAUAAAUAAAUAAAAGGGGAAAAAAGCAAAAAAGAAAAGAAAAGGAGGAGAAUGAAGGGGAGCCUGUCUCAUGAGCUUGAAGUGGCUCUGCCGGCCUACGAGGUGUGGGAAGUCUACAGCACGCUGCGGUUGGCCGAGCUCACCGUCGACUUGCUGCCGGAUGUCGUCUCAAAGUUCGAGGUCGAAGAAGGCGAUGGCGGUGUCGGCACUGUUCUUCGAUUAACUCUUGGGCCAGGAGCUCCAGGUAUGACAUAUUACAAAGAGAAGUUCAUCAAGAUUGAUCAUGAGAAACGCUUGAAGGAUGCCAUCGUCGUCGAGGGAGGAUAUCUGAACCUUGGCUUCAGCUCAUACUUAGUUCGCUUUGAGAUUUUAGAGAAGAGCAGUGAUUCGUCCAUCAUCAAGUCCACCAUUGAAUACGAACUCCCGGAUGAGCACGCAGCAAAUGCUUCCUUCGUCACCACUGCCGCCUUGGCAGCCAUAGCUGAGGGAGUUUCAAAGCAUCUCACUGAGAAGAAAAAGGCGACAGAAGCCUAGCUGGCUGGUGUCCUGCAAUCUCAGUAUUUCUCUCCGCACUGCUGCAAUAUUGCAGGCGGAAGCUUUCGUCUGUAGACUGUAGGCUGGUAGUGUUUACAAUAAAGAUGGAAAUGUGUUCGUAAUUUUCCGUUUGUAUUGAUCCUGCACAGCUUAAAGUAUUUGCUUUGAAUGAUAGCGAUGACGUUUGGCGCUUUGGUUUGUAUUAUCAAGCGAUUCUCCA